GUGUGUUUAUAGUUGCCCUUACACGUGACAAUAUUAUUGUCAAUCCAAAGUAUUGUCAAUACCAUCAAUCCAAUUGGUUUGAUAACUAGAGUCCGAGUUUUUCGAGAAAUUCAAGUGUUUGGUGCUUUGAAUAUUGCAAAUGAAUAUUAAAAUAUUGAGAGAAGAGGACAUUGCACAUAUUUAACAGUUUCUCUCUGGAGAGAAAGUAUUGUCGGAUUGAUGGGCAGUUUUGAUUUUUUGACAAUAUUUUCGUCAAUCCAAUGAAGUUUCCAUUACACGAUCAAAAGUAUUGUCAAUACUCCUUGUAUUGACAAUAAUAUUGUCUGGUGUAAGGGCAGCUUAUUGUUACAGUUUUUGCGACAAAUACCGAUGUAUGAAAAAAUUACCUGGCAAUCCUGCUAACAAUAUUUAAAAAUUUGACAUGGCAUCCCUGUAGUGCACUAAAUAAUAAACAUUGCUUUUUUGUCAACGUAUUAUUUUUAAUGUUUUUUUUUAAAUCGUGAUUUUUUGGUGCUAAAAGUUUAUUCUGAGUGUGAAUAUGUAAUCGUAUUUCUAUUAGUAUUAAUUUGAAUAUGUCGGAAACAGCAACACAAAUAUUAAUGCCGGGGUCAUGUCGUUGCUGUUUGGUAGAGGAAAAUGAAAUGUUUUGCAUUCUUGAUACGUUGGAGGAAUUCGAAAGUACCAUUUGUGAGCUGAUUACUAAUUACAGUGGAAUAACGAUUACCGAAAAUGACUAUUUCUCAAGAAACAUCUGCAACGCUUGUAUGAAUGAUCUACUGACCACAGUGCGCUUUCGACUGCGGUGCAUGAAAACUGAAGACAUACUGCGAAACAUCCAAAUUGAUAUCGAAAAACCGCUGUUGAUGACGAGCGACACUAGUCAGAUAAAUUUGAUCACAAAUGGUUUACCAAUAGUUGAAUCUAAUAUUCAACGUGGUCUGUCUGCCGAAUGUGAUUCAGCCGAUGUUAAGCCGAAAAUGCUGGAAGAUGUACCGGUUGCCAAGCCUCGAAGACCGCGUACUACUGGACCACGCAAAUGUGAUAUCUGUGGAAAAAUGUUUUCCAGAGCCAGUUACCUUAGCAAACAUUAUCGGAUUCACACCGGCGAACGACCCUACAAAUGCAGUUUUUGUCCUAGAGCUUUCGCAACCAGCACUAAUUUUAGAAAGCAUGAACGUGUCCACACAAAUGAUAGGCCACACGAAUGCGAAGAGUGUGAUAAACGAUUCGUAAGCAACAGUCAUUUGAAGGAACACAGGCGAAUUCACACUGGUGAGCGGCCUUUUCAGUGUGACAUUUGUGGAAAGGAUUUUAAAGCUAGCAGUCAUCUUGCGGCUCAUCGAAUGAUUCAUACCGGCGAGCGGGCAUUUGAGUGUGAGUUUUGUGAUAAAUCCUUUAGUAAACGGAACAAACUUAGUACACACAUGCUGACGCACACGGGUGAAAGACCUUAUCAGUGCGACAUCUGCGGAAAAACUAUACAAAGGAAAGAUUUUCUCCGAAUUCACAUGCGCACCCAUGUCGGGACCCGGAAAUGCAAAAUAUGUGGAUUGGAGUUCCUAAAAGGUACUCCAUUGGCACUGCAUCGAAAAGUUCAUAAAAAAGAAGCUUUUCGUAGACUGUAGCUGUGGUUGUCUGUUUCCAAACAUUGCUACGGCGAAUGCGAUCAUAAUUGGUUAAAGUUCGAAACGAAAAAAAAGUUAGUUACUGAUUUGUUUUGAUCGAUUUCUUGAGUACCCGUUUUGUUCAUCACAGAAAAUUUUAAAUAUAUAUAUAUAUAUAUAUACUAUUUUAAAAAAUAACCAUGUUUUAAUCAUAUACAUAAAUUUGUUUAUGUAUGUUUCGACACGUCAGUGCAGAGCAGUUCAAAUUAGGCUAAACUUUAUUACGAAAACCAGUUAUGUGCAUACACUGGGGUCUCUUUUUAUGAGUUUUUUGUCGUGAAUACGACUUACUUUACUAUGGGGUGUCUUUUCAAAAUUUACCCUCUGAGAGUGUGAUAAGUUUUUGAUCGUGAAUAUCUCUUGUUGUAUCUAACGAAUCAACAUAAUUUU